CCCGCCAUUCUUGGAGUACGUGCCACCCACCUCCCCCUCACCUCUGACACAAUACAUGAUGAAGCAUUUUGGAUAAAAAAAAACACCACCGAGAGCGCAAAAAACGUGUGGAUAUCUCCGUUGCCUUCCUUCUGAUCAAAACUCGCAAACUCCUCUUCGCGCAGCAUACUCGAGCCACUUCGCGAGGAGGCAUGCUAAUUGGCUUGCUAGUCCUCCGAAUCACAACCACAGCCUCCUCAAGCACAACACCAACAACAACCUCAGCAGCAGCAGCCCGGGCAGUUCCGUGGCCCUCCUCCAUACCCAGGCCCUCCACAGCAGUUUGGCUACCCUGGACCGCCGCCCGGGCAAUUCCAGCAGCCUCCACGAUUCAAUGCGCCAGGCGGAGCGCAUGGAUUUCCGGGACAGCCUGGUGCUGUGCCCGGCUACGGCAUGAACUUUGGUGGGCCUCCCCCACCUGGAUAUGGUCCUCCUGGGCAGUUCUAUGGUCCGCCCGGUCAAGGCUUCGGACCUCCUGGGCAAUUUCCACACCAGCAACCUAUUGGCCCACCGGGCAUGAACCAGCAGCGUCCACCACAGCAGACACCUAAUCAACAGCAACAGCAGCAAGCGCCCAUUGGAAGCAAGCAGAACACUCCUCAGCCAGCUCCUUCGCAAGCUCCUCAAGCUCCGUCUGCGCAGCCCCCACAAAACAAACCAGCUGAGAUGUCCACCACGCCGGUGCCUUCGGCCACGAGCGGCCCACCACCGCCAGUCGAGUCGAAACCCACUGCCGCUGCUGCCACUGCCCCACCUGAGGCAGCGAAAGCACAGGCGCAAGCUCCCGUGCCUGCCCUGCCCAAGCCUGCGUCCAAGGCCGGCAAUCGUGUUGCUCUUCCCCUUCCUGCCUCGAGUCCCGCUACCGCCAAACCACGAGCAGCCCCUCCUGUUCCUCAGGCCUCUGCGCCCGCUGCAACAGCUGCACAGUCCGGUCCAUCACAGUCCGCGACAACCGCCACAGAAGCUGCUACGGCCGCAGUCGCUGCAGCGAUGGCCAAGCUUGGUGCGGUGAAUCAGCAUACAGGAGCUGUAGACAAUCUAUCGCAAAAGGUGAACCAGAUGAGGGUAUCGGAUGGCCAAACACGGGGCCGAGGAAGAGGUCGCGGUGGCGCUCGAGGCGGUCGGCGCGAAAGCCAGCCGAAGACGGUUGACGUCCCGAAAGAAGACUUUGACUUUGAGAGCGCCAACGCAAAGUUCAACAAGCAAGAGCUGGUCAAAGAAGCUAUCGCAUCUGGUAGCCCAAUCACCAGCCCUACCAAUGGCGACGUUGCCGACCCGCUUUCAACUGCCACAAAUGGACACACGGAUGACGAUGUGGUCAUCCCACCGAAGGAAAAGGGAUAUGACAAGAAGUCGUCGUUCUUUGACAACAUCAGCAGCGAUCUAAAGGAUCGUACCUCACAACAGCAGAAUGGCGAGUUUGUUGAUGGUCGCGCACUGCGACGCGAGGAGCGCUCCAAGAACAUGGACACGUUCGGCCAAGGAAGCAUCGAUGGUGGCUUCCGCGGACGUGGUCGAGGCCGAGGCCGUGGAGGUUUCGGAGGCCGUGGACGUGGUCGUGGAGGAUUUGACGCUGCACGCGGUGGGUUUGAACACCGCGGUGGCUACAGAGGGCGUGGACGGGGUGGCUUCGAGGCUGCGGCAGUGUAGGGAACUGCCGCUUUGCAUCUCAUGAUUUGAUCGCACAGAUUCGCUGGUGUGGUCGAGAGCACAGAUGUGCCAGACACGGCGAAACGAAGGACUUGUAUUAUAGUGGAUGACCAUGCGGAUUGCCUGCCCGUGCAUGGGAGGCAGAGAUCCGGAAGUUAUGCAGAUACGCCAUCACGACAGUAGACUGCUUCGGCGGUCAAGAACAUCAUGAAGCCUCAGCGUUCUCUCUG